CGUCCUCAAAUACCAUAUCUGUCAAGUACUAGCGACGACAGCCACAAGCCUAGGGCGCCAUCAUCAUUAUGGCCACCACAUGCCCCUUCACUGGGUAUCGCCAAGUAGAUUCAUUUGGUCCCGAUGAAGAGUAUUCAUCAGACACCGAAGAAUUCUAUGUCACCCUUGAUCUCGGUACUGUCGAGCCAACCCUACUUCCCAGUAGCUCAACCUACAGGCUUGUAGGCUUGGAUACGCCUACGCCAUUCCUGCAGCUUUCUGGUUCCUUCUUCAGGGGUAGGCAUGAUACGCUCCUUGGUUCGGAGCUCUUGUUCACUGAAGGAAAAAAUGAUUCCGAAAGAAAUACGCGAGCUUUGACGCACGUCGGCGUCACUGAACGACGUAUCCGAUUCAAGGAGGUGCAGCUACGGCAGAAGACCCGUGAACAAUUGGAAGAGGCUCCUGCUGUCGGUGCGAACUCUCACAAUGGGGCACAAGCAGAAGCUGCUGGUCAUUCACUCGGACGCAUGAUUGGGAGUGUUACAGAGCCCCGAUCUCGAAAACGCAAGAAACGACGUGACAAGGGGAAGGGGAAGGAGAAGGAGACGUCCCCGCAGGAGGAGGGGAGAGACGAUGCUAUGGAUACCACUUAGUUUUGCCAUAAGGUGAUUCGCCCUUAUCAUCUUAUCGUUCUGCAUAUGUCGCGUGUCAACCUUUAAGUGGUCGAUUCCCCAGUUCCCUAUGAACUGCAGCUUGAAGAUUUGGUAGAAAUAUCCAUACUUUAAUUACAAUGUACUUC